UCCAACCUUUUCUUUUUUCUCGUUGAAUCCAACCUUUUUUUACCAGCUAAACGUUUAGUUUCAACUUCGAUACGAUCAAAGUACAAUGACCAAUAACCUAUGCAAUAACUCUCUUGAUAUUUCCGAGGAAAAAAGGAGAUAUAACUCUAUCAAAAGAAACCUAUGAAAUGACAAAAAUAAGCAAAAACAUGUUCUCCAAUUGGACAACAAAUUACUGUAAAAAAAAAAAAUUUGGACAACAAAUGCUCUAAAACUAAACAAUCCACAAAAAAAAAAAACAAAUUAUAUCUAUGAACCACAUUAUAUUACCUUCUUUUGUUUUUUUAAUUACUAUUUAUUAGUCAAACCUUUUUCAGAUUCUUUUAUGUUAUCAAAAUCUAUUAAAAUGUUAUUAAUUAGCCAAAUAUUUUUUAGUGCAUCAAAAUAUUAGCCAUUUUUACGUUAUGGCUAAUAAUUUUGUAGUUCUUUUCUGAAUUAAAAAACUAAAAUUUUGGAAUGUUUACUUUCAUGUGUCUAUUACAAGUCAGUAUCAUGUUGUCAUUUCAAUAAUACUAACAAAAUUGCUAACUGAAAGUUAACAUUUAACUAAUUUAUGUAUUUCGAUAGGGUUGUCUAAAUUCUCCAAUAAUAAGUUAAUAAGCUCCCUCCAAUUUUCAUACAAAAAAAAAAACGCAGUUAUGUUACCCGCCAAAAUGGUGUCCAGAUACGUCAGCCAUGACAACCCCCAACUGUCUUUCCAAAUCAACUAAUUAAAUUCAUAUUCUUCUCCCUAGUGGGAAGCCGCCUGUGGGCUUCCAUUUCUGUCUUGCGAUCAUGGCCGCACAAAAUAAGCAAAUUGCCAUUGUUUCCCAUUUCCCCUCGCCGUUUCUACUAUAAAAGGGAGGAAGAAGCAGGGGACUCUCUACCUUCAUCAUCUUCAUCAUCUUCAUCAUCAGCAUAACUGCAACCAACAGCAGGAAGUAGAAAAUGGCGACUGAGCAGAGUACCAUCCCACUUCUCACCCCAUACAAGAUGGGCAAGUUUGAUCUUUCUCACAGAGUUGUUCUGGCGCCAUUGACUAGACAGAGAUCUUAUGGGAACGUGCCGCAGCCACAUGCCAUUCUGUAUUACUCCCAAAGGGCCACCAAAGGUGGGCUUCUCGUAGCUGAAGCCACUGGAGUUUCGGACACUGCUCAAGGGUACACGGACACUCCUGGUGUUUGGACCAAAGAGCAAGUUGAGGCAUGGAAGCCCAUUGUGGAUGCUGUUCAUGCCAAGGGUGGUAUAUUUUUCCUUCAAAUUUGGCAUGUUGGAAGGGUUUCGAAUUCAGGUUUCCAACCAAAUGGGCAGGCUCCAGUCUCAUCUACAGACAAGCCAUUGCAGUCUGACGAUAUUGCAACAUACAGUCCUCCUAGACGAUUAGAAACAGAAGAAAUCCCUCAGAUUGUGAACGACUUCCGGACCGCAGCAAGGAAUGCUAUUGAAGCAGGCUUUGAUGGAGUUGAGAUACAUGGAGCUCAUGGCUAUCUAAUUGACCAGUUCCUGAAAGACGAAGUGAACGAUCGAACAGACCAGUACGGUGGGUCUCUAGAGAACCGCUGCAGAUUUGCUCUGGAAGUUGUUGAAGCGGUGAGUAAAGAAAUAGGAGCGGAGAGAGUUGGAAUUAGACUGUCUCCCUUUGGUGGCCACAGUGAAUGUGCAGACUCGAACCCGGAAGCUCUAGGCAUGUACAUGGUUGAAUCCCUCAACAAGUACGGGAUUCUGUACUGUCACAUGGUCGAGCCGAGGAUCAAGAAUGCUGGAGAACAAAUCCAAACCCAUAGGAGUCUGUCGCCAAUGAGGAAUGCUUUCAGUGGCACUUUCAUGGCAGCUGGAGGUUACAACAGGGAAGAUGGUAACAAGGCUGUGGAAGAGAACCGUGCUGAUCUGGUUGUCUAUGGUCGUUGGUUCUUGGCUAAUCCGGAUUUGCCGCAGAGAUUCGAGCUCAAUGCUGAUUUGAACAAGUAUGAUAGGAACACAUUUUACACAUCUGAUCCUGUUGUUGGGUAUACAGAUUAUCCAUUUCUGCAGCCGAAUCCUUCUGCUUGAGGAUUUGGACUGCUGUACCAUCCUAUCCCUGACUGAUGGGAGAAAAUGUGUUCAGGUGCAACAUGGAAAUUGAGUAAGAAAUUGUUAGCUGCAAUCCUCUGAAUUGGAUCGAGCUCUUGUUUUCAUAUCACAAAAAAGAGUGAAUCAUCACAUUAUGCUAUACAAGCAUCUUAUCUAGACAGAUAUUAACUUAUUUCAAGUGCAUUCGUGAACCUAAAGUUGGUUCGAAUAAACACUUUUCGAAAAGAGCCUAAUGAAGUGAUCACCUCACU